AUGCAGGACUCAAACGUUCCAAAGCCUGCGGCGAGACAUGUCGAAGGCUCGCAUAUUCCUACAGACACGGCCAAGAUUCACAAUGGCGACGCUGCAUUGGCUUUAUUCGACAACCUCGAGGAUAUGCAUGAAGGGUUUGAAGACGGGGAAGAGAAGAAGCUGGUUCGAAAAAUCGACCUAAUGAUCUUACCGUUCUUAGCAGUCUGCUAUGCAUUCUACUAUAUUGAUAAAACAACUCUGUCAUAUGCCGCUAUAUUUGGUAUCCGUGAUGACCUGAAUCUCUCUGGCAACGAAUACUCGUGGCUUUCCAGUGUCUUCUAUUUCGGCUUCCUGGUGUGGUCGUUUCCCACAAACCUGCUGAUGCAGCGAUUCCCGGUUGGCAAGUACCUUGGUGUCAACAUCUUUCUCUGGGGGUUUUUCUUGAUGCUUCAAGCGGCUGCGAAGAACUUUACCCAACUUGCGGUUCUGCGAGUCAUAUCAGGGGCCGCCGAAGCAUGCAGUGACCCUGCAUUUAUGCUCAUCACCAGUAUGUGGUACACCCGUCGCCAACAGCCCAUUCGAAUCGGCCUAUGGUAUACGGCCAAUGGCUUUGGCAUCGCUAUCGGUGGGCUGUUUGGAUAUGGCAUCGGCCAGAUUAACGGAUCUCUUCCCUCUUGGAAGUAUGAAUUCCUCAUCAUUGGGGCCCUUUGUUGUAUUUGGGGUAUCGUCAUGGUCAUCUUCCUUCCAGACUCCCCAGUCACUGCGCCUCAACUAUCCGACCGCGAAAAGCGACUUGCCGUCGAGCGCCUGCGAGAUAACCAAACGGGUGUGGAGAACCGGACCAUGAAACCGAAGCAGAUUCUCGAAGCUUUCUUGGACUGGAAAGUCUGGACCUUUUUCUUGCUCGGCUUUUCCGGCAAUAUUCCCAAUGGUGGCAUCUCCAACUUUGGAACAUUGAUUAUCAAGGGCUUUGGUUUCUCUACUUUGGUCACGACGCUCAUGCAAAUUCCCUAUGGAGCCUUUAUUGCCAUCAUGAUCCUGACAGCCGUGUUUGUCAACGACCGCCUCCCACAAGGCAAUCGCUGCAUUGUCGCGGUGGUGUUUCUACUUCCCAACCUAGCCGGAUCCUUUGGUUUACACUAUGUCCCCGAGUCCAAUCAGGUGGGAAGGUUGAUCUGCUACUAUCUAACUGGCUCUUACAAUGCCUCUUUCGUGAUUAUCUUGUCCAUCUUGACGGGCAACAUUGCUGGCCACACCAAGAAAGUGGUUACUAACGCGAUGAUAUUUUUGGGGGUCUGCGUCGGUAACAUUGCCGGUCCUUUCUUCUAUAAAUCCGAGCAGGCCCCGGGUUACUCCUUGGGCAUUUGGUCAAUGAUUGUGGCCAACCUGGUGGAAAUUGCAUUGAUCAUUAUGCUAGGAUUCGCGCUCGCAUGGGAGAAUCGACGUCGCGACCGGUUGCAAGGUGUGAUCUCCGGUAGUGAGACAGAGUACGAGAGACAGUUGGAGCUUGAUCGGACUGCGUUUAGUGAUUUGACUGACAAGGAGAAUCUCAAUUUCCGCUAUCUGUACUAA